GACCCGCUUCUGAUGCGAAACUGCGCCGUGUGCAUUCACCGAGAAUAACAUCGCCCUGCUGGGCUUAUCUGAGCGGAGAACGGUACCGAGCCCCCAGCAUUCAAGAAUGCGGGUUCAUCCGUCCACCUGUGCAUUCAUUCAUUAUCUAGUGAAGCACGCAAUAACAACUCAAACAUAUAGAUAAUAAUAACAGUAUUGAUUAUAGAUAGAUAGAUAUAAUCAAUGCUACAGUCUGUGUUUGCAGAGUUUGGGACGCCGCCUGUCUGCCGAUCAAAUUUGGUCAGCUGGGCACACGGCUACCUUUAAGACGGAGACCCCCAGCUGCUCCGGACUGCCUCCGCUAACCAAUCAGCUGCGGCCAGUGUGGGAAUCCCAGCGAUCCGAUUGGCCAGCUCAGGAGCGCAGAGGCGAGCGUAAGCCCGCCUCCUUGCUGCUGGCUCUGUUUUCUGAAGGCAAAUUGGGAUUUUUUUAAUGUUUGUUUUUUGUUUGUUUUUUUUUUUCUUUUAAAAGCCUGCUUUCUGACAAUAUGGGUUCCAACCAACACUGCGGAGCUGCUUAGUUAUUAUUAUUAUUAUUAUUAUUAUUAUUAUUAUUAUUAUUAUAAAUCAAAUAUCAAUUAUAUGCACAUUGAUAUAGAUUUUUUAAACCCUGCAAAAGAAAUUAAAGCAACGAAAAUGAGUGGCGGAGUGUAUGGCGGAGAUAAGAAACGGCAGGCCCCAGAGCACGUGUCGUUGGGGGUCGCGCUGAUGGGUUGCUCUCUGGGUUUGGUUGCAGAUGAAGUGGGCGCGCUGGUCUUCGAUAUCGGCUCCUUCUCCGUGCGGGCGGGCUAUGCAGGUGAAGACUGCCCCAAGGCGGAUUUCCCGACCACGGUGGGCGUGCUGGUUCAGGACGACGUUGCCAUGGAAAUGGACGGAGACAAGGAGAAAAAAAUCGGGAAGAGCUACUUCAUCGACACCAACUCCCUGCACGUGCCGAGAGAGAGCAUGGAGACCAUGUCUCCUCUCAAGAACGGGAUGAUUCAAGACUGGGAUUGCUUCCAGUCCAUCCUGGAUCACACAUACAGCAAGCACAUGAAAUCGGACCCUCACCUGCACCCGGUCCUAAUGUCAGAGGCCCCUUGGAACACCCGAGCCAAACGAGAGAGGCUGACUGAACUGAUGUUCGAACACUACAACAUCCCAGCCUUCUUCCUGUGUAAAACAGCCGUUCUCACUGCUUUUGCCAAUGGCCGCGCCACGGGGCUGGUCCUGGACAGCGGUGCCACGCACACCACGGCCAUCCCGGUGCAUGAUGGGUACGUCCUACAGCAAGGCAUUGUCAAGUCACCUCUGGCAGGGGACUUCAUCUCAAUGCAGUGCCGGGAGCUCUUUCAGGAAAUGAAUAUCGAUAUCGUUCCUCCAUACAUGAUCGCAUCUAAGGAACUUGUCCGAGAGGGGGCGCCACCGAGCUGGAAAAAGAAAGAGAAAUUGCCACCGGUCACCAAGUCCUGGCAUAACUACAUGUGCAACGAGGUGUUCCAGGAUUUCCAGGCCUCGGUUCUGCAGGUAUCGGACUCCCCCUAUGAUGAACAGGUCGCCGCUCAGAUGCCAACUCUUCACUUCGAGAUGCCCAGUGGCUUCACCUCGGACUACGGAGCGGAGAGGCUGCGGAUUCCGGAGGGGUUGUUCGACCCCUCCAACGUGAAGGGGCUGUCUGGGAACACCAUGCUGGGGGCGGGACACGUUGUGACCACCAGCAUCGGGAUGUGUGACAUCGACAUCCGGCCCGGUCUCUAUGGCAGUGUCAUCGUCACCGGGGGCAACACUCUCCUGCAGGGGUUCACUGACCGGCUGACUCGGGAACUGUCACAGAAAACCCCCCCAAGUAUGCGUCUCAAGCUGAUUGCCAGUAACAGCUCUGUGGAGCGUCGCUUCAGUCCCUGGAUAGGAGGCUCCAUCCUGGCUUCACUGGGCACGUUUCAGCAGAUGUGGAUUUCGAAGCAGGAGUACGAGGAGGGGGGCAAGCAGAGCGUGGAGAGGAAGUGUCCCUGAGUCACACAGCCGACCCGGGGCCGAGACCGAAACAAACCCCCCCCCACGUCUCCGACACGCGUUCCCCGAGCUCCGAGCGGGCCGGGCUGGGCUUGUGUAACGGUUAAAAAAAAUAAUAAUAAUAAAUAAAAUAACUUGUUGAACGCUAGGAACAAAAUAAAAACAUUUUUAAAACUGCAGCUUUAUUCAUGCAAUCGCUUAAAAAAAAAAUACGCGUUUAACAAUUUCCCUAAGCCGUUACACAGCCUAAAACUGCUUUAUUUUUGAACUGCAAAAACUGAUGUAAAAUUAGUACUAGAUGUGCCAUAACAAACCAUAGUAAAAGCGUGUUAUUUCUGCGGUAUUUGCGACAUCUAGUGGACAGGUGAUGCAAUUACAUCUCGUCAUUUAGAUUUAGUGGUACCACGUCGUGACAGCAACUGUAUCGUUAUGUUAUUUAUUUUUAAAAAAAAAACUUUUAGUGUUUGUGUAUCUUCACGCAUAUACGGUACAAUGUGAGAUAAUGAAGUGUUUACUUGCCUUACGUUUAGCAUGCAUUUGGACUGUGAAAAAGGCUGAACCAGUAAAGCUAAGACGGUACAGGUUUUACAGUGGAGAGCGCUGAUUUGGCGCCCUCUAGCGGCUGUGCCGCGCUGUGUCGGGGGGUCGCUGUGUGGUUCAUUGCAUGCGUAACGCUGAGAUUUCAGACUGCUUUGACUAGCAUGCCAGCCCAGUAAAUAAACGUACGAUUUAUUAUUC